AGCCAUCUUGGAUCUAACGAAGCGAAGGGAAAUUGAUGCGGUGACAAAAGGCAUGUUUGGUGCUAGAAAGAAAUUUCCAGACUUUGUCGAGGUAAUCGAUAAUGACUUCACUGACGACAUGUAUUACAACCAGCCGUCGAUGUUCCCACAUCGAUCGGACAAAGAUAUACUUUCCUCUCCUUCACCGUCGUCGUCUGGUCAGCUGUCGCAGCUUGGUCCAAGUUUGUAUGGUCCACAAAGUGCAAUCGGUUUCCCCGUUAGAAGCAUGGGAAACAGUACACCUCAGUUAAACCGAAAUUUAACGCAAGGGACGCAGCUACCGAGUCAUAUCACCCCCACAACAGGUGUCCCCACCAUGUCCCUCCAUACGCCUCCAUCACCAAGCAGAGGGACGUUACCAAUGAAUUCGAGGAACAUACUGAAUCACUCUCAGGUUGGUCAAGGCCUCGGGAUAAGCAGCAGGACCAAUAGUAUGAGCAGCUCAGGGCUCGGAAGCCCCAACCGCAGCUCACCAAGCAUCAUCUGUAUGCCCAAACAGCAACCAGCACGUCAGCCAUGCACCAUAAGCAGCAUGUCGGGAUUUGGUAUGAACCGUAAUCAGGCAUUUGGAAUGAACAACUCGUUAUCAAGCAACAUCUUCAACGGCACAGAUGGGAGUGACAAUGUAAUGGGACUGGAUCUGUCAGACUUCCCUGCUUUAGCGGACAGGAAUCGGAGAGAAGGAACUGGAAAUCCAACGCCGUUGCCCAACCCGCUGGCUGGACGGGCUCCUUAUGUUGGCAUGGUGACAAAACCUUCAACUGAGCAGACACAAGAUUUCUCCAUCCAUAAUGAGGACUUUCCUGCACUGCCUGGGCCAAACUAUAAGGACCCCACGCUGAACAACGAUGACAGUAAAACUAACUUGAACACCACAAGCAAGAGUACGUCGAGCACAGAUGGGCCAAAGUUCCCUGGAGACAAGAUGGCGUCGGCACAGAACAACAACCAGAAGAAAGGGAUCCAGGUGUUGCCAGAUGGUCGGGUGACGAACAUCCCCUCUGGAAUGGUCACAGACCAGUUUGGCAUGAUCGGUCUGCUGACGUUUAUCCGGGCUGCAGAAACAGAUUUGGGAAUGGUCCAUCUGGCGCUAGGAAGUGAUCUUACAACACUGGGACUCAACCUGAAUUCACCAGAAAACUUGUAUCCCAAGUUCGCCUCUCCUUGGGCCUCAGCACCUUGUCGGCCUCAAGACAUCGACUUCCAUGUACCAUCGGAGUAUUUAACCAACAUCCACAUAAGGGACAAGUUGGCAGCAAUUAAGUUAGGUCGAUACGGUGAAGACCUGUUGUUCUACUUGUACUACAUGAACGGUGGCGAUCUACUACAGAUCCUGGCUGCAGUAGAGCUCUUUACUCGGGACUGGAGGUACCACAAAGAGGAGCGGGUCUGGAUAACACGAGCGCCUGGCAUGGAGCCCACACUCAAGACCAACACCUACGAGAGGGGCACCUACUACUUUUUUGACUGUCAUAACUGGAGAAAAGUUGCCAAGGAAUUUCAUCUGGAGUACGACAAGCUGGAAGAGCGGCCUCACGUGCCAUCAACCUUCAACUACAAUCCAGCCCAGCAGGCCUUCUAAGGCCCGACCAGUCC